AUGAUGAAGCCCAGGUCGGAACUGUCGGCAGGAUCCUCCCUGGAACCUCAGGGCGAAGAAGGCGAGCUAUGGAUUCGCGGACCGCAAGUAAUGAUGGGUUAUAUCAACGACGAGGUGGCGACAAAGCAGUCGUUUCACGACGGUUGGCUCAGGACGGGAGACAUUGGCAAGAUGGAGAACGGGAAUUUGUGGAUUACUGACAGAUUCAAAGAGAUGAUCAAGUAUAAAGGACUUCAGGUUGCACCCUCCGAAUUGGAGGAUCUGCUCCUCCAGCACCCUGCCGUGACCGACGCCGCGGUUUGCUCUGUCUACGAUGACGCCGAGGUUACAGAAGUUCCCCUCGCUUACGUUAGCCUCAGUCCCAAGCAUGUCAAUCUACCAUCUGAACAGAAGGAAACUCUACUGAGGGAGAUUCGGAACUGGGCGGAUGCCAGGGUCGCUGGUUACAAGAAGUUGCGCGGUGGUGUUUUCCACCUGCAGGCAUUGCCUAAGAACCCAACUGGAAAGAUUUUGAGACGCCUUUUGCCCGUGAAGCUCCGGGAAACAAGGAGCCAAAAGUUGUAA